CUUUCCCCUGCAGGUGUGAAUGACAGAGGAGGUGCCCCCGACUGCACUCAGUGAGAUCAGCCUUCGCCUGCUGUGCCAUGAUGACAUAGACACGGUCAAGCAACUCUGUGGCGACUGGUUCCCCAUAGAGUACCCUGACUCGUGGUAUCGGGACAUCACUUCCAACAAGAAGUUUUUUUCCUUGGCAGCCACCUACCGAGGCAUCAUUGUGGGCAUGAUAGUAGCAGAGAUCAAGAGUCGAACAAAAGUGCACAAAGAGGAUGGUGAUAUUUUAGCUUCCAGCUUUCCUGUGGAUACUCAAGUUGCCUACAUUUUAAGCUUGGGCGUGGCCAAAGAAUUCAGAAAGCAUGGCAUAGGCUCGCUGUUGCUGGAAAGCCUGAAAGACCACAUCUCCACCACGGCCCAAGACCACUGCAAAGCCAUCUACCUGCACGUCCUCACCACCAACAGCACGGCCAUCAGCUUCUACGAGAACAGAGACUUCAAGCAACACCACUACCUGCCCUACUACUACUCCAUCCGGGGCGUCCUGAAAGAUGGCUUCACUUACGUCCUUUACAUCAACGGUGGGCACCCUCCCUGGACAAUCUUAUAUCCUUUGCUGCACAUCGGGUCAGCCCUGGCCCAUCUGAGCCCCUGCACCAUUCCCCAGCGGAUCUACCGCCAGGCCCAGAGCCUCCUCUGCAGUCUCCUGCCCUGGUCGAGCCUCUCAGCCAAGAGCGGCAUCGAAUACAGCCGGACCAUGUGA